AUUCAUGCUUCUGGUACACGCUUUAAUGUGGAAUGUGUUUGCGCAUGUGGGUCUCAGUACAUUCGUUGAACUGGUUUAGAUCUAUGUAAUAAAAAGUAAGCUCGAUAUAGAUUUGCGUUUGUGAAAAUAGUGAAAAAAUGUCUAUGUUUAUGGAUCUAAACAUCAUCAGCAGUAAUGAUAAAAACAGACUCAAAAGCAUCAUAGAGACAGCAGCUCACCUUGGCUACUCAACAGUCGCAAUCAACUACGUGGUUCAACCACAACAGAAGAAACAGGAAAUCCCUAAGCCACAGAGUGUGUCAGACAUAUUUGAUAAAUUUCCUAUAGUACAGGGCAAAUCUUCUCCCAUCAAAGUACUGAAUCGAUUGACCAUCAUAGUCUCUGAUGCAUCCCAUUUUAGACCAACUAUUGAAUACAAAAGCUUCGACCUCUUGGCAGUGUACCCAAAGACAGAGAAACUCUUUCAUGCAGCCUGCAUGAUGUUUGAUGUGGACAUUAUCUGCAUUGCGGUAGCUGAAAAACAGCCUUUCCAUUUUAAAAGGGCUCCAAUUAAUGGGGCUGUUGAAAGGGGCGUUUUCUUUGAGACAUGUUAUGCGGCAGCCAUCAGAGACUCCACUAUGAGGAGAUACACCAUUGCCAAUGCCAUCAGCCUAAUGGAAGCCUGUAAUGGAAAAAAUGUCAUCGUGUCCAGUGGAGCAGAAAAGCCGCUUGAGUUGAGGGGCCCCUAUGACAUUGCCAAUUUAGGGCUUGUGUUUAGCCUGUCAGAGGGAGAUGCCAAAGCUGCUGUUUCUACUAACUGUCGAUCUGUCUUGCUUCAUGGAGAGACGAGAGCCACUGCAUCUGGUGUUGUUUACACCAUGAAGAAACCAAAAACUCCCCAGAAGCAAGAAGAAGAGUCUCCGAUAUCUAAAAAGGCCAAAAUUGAAUUGGCAUAGCCAGUAUUGAUGUGUAUUCUUUUUUUUUUUCUUUUUUUUUUUAAAAUAGAAUUAUUAUUUCUUUUCUAUUUCUUUUUCCUCAAAAUCUGGCAAAAGAUGAUGCAGAUAUUUUAAAAAUGACAUUUAUAUCAAGCUUUAUAAUUGCAAACUAAAUUUACAGAUAACUUAAACGAGUACAAAAUAGUUCUUCACAUUAUGCAUUCUGUCAUAAUUUACCAUUUAGAAUAUCAAAAUCGUCUAUCAUUCAUGCUUAGACUUAGAAUCUGAAUCUGAAUUUUUUCAGGCAAUGCAUUUCCAUGUGAAGAGGAAGCUUUAUGUUCUAUUAAGUUUCUCUUUCCUUUCUGCCUUAUCUGAGCUUUAAUAAAAAGUUAAAGUAC